UGCCCCCUCCACCCCCGGGGCUGGAGUUCCACCGCGCGCGCGACGCGGCUGUCCUAGAGGAGGGAGAAGACACGCGAUCUUUCGGCGAGGCUCGGUUUUGCGUCCACUCGUGGGAGGCGUGCUUGCAAUAAAUCUCCCACCCGCUCCCAACGCCGAGAGGAGUCCCUGGGCAUUGCUUUGGCGCAUUUUUCCCCGUGGUGAUAAGGAAAGCUGCCACAAGUUGUUUAAUAUAAGUUCCAAGGAUAUCAUUCAUCUGAAAUAUAUCAUUAAAUUCAUCUCCCAUUUAAAAAAAAGCAGACCAAGAUAAACCAGGAAAUGAAAAGAAAUGCUGAGUGUUUGCAAAAUCAAGAUAUACUGGCUGCAUCCCUGUUACAAGAGACCCCAUUUGACAACUUAUGUCUGACAUCCCAAGCUAUUCUUGAGAGAGCCCAAAAACAAGGAAGAUCAAAAUGCCCCAGAUGUCACGGAUCAAGGAUGUUCUACUGUUAUUCAUGUUAUGUUCCAGUUGAAACUGUUCCUGUUGAAGAUAUUCCUAUUGUGAAGCUUCCCUUGAAGAUUGAUAUAAUCAAGCAUCCCAAUGAAACAGAUGGCAAAAGUACAGCUGUACACGCCAAGCUUCUAGCAUCUGAAGAUGUUACCGUUUAUACCUAUCCGUGUAUUCCUGACUAUGAAGAGAUCCAGAAUGAAAUUGCACUUAUUUUUCCUGGACCUAAUUCAGUUUCAAUAAGCAACAUUCCUCUCUCUUUGCAAGCAAAAUGUAAGAUGGACACUGAGGGCUUCUCAGCAGUACCAGCACCCAAGUGUGCAAAAUUGGAGCCAAGCCACAGUAGAAUCAUGAGUGAAGAUAAAUUGCCCAAGAGCGAAAAUGCACUGAAAAAAAUUAUAUUUAUCGACAGUACAUGGAAUCAGACAAACAAAAUAAUCACAGAUGAGCGGCUUCAAGGGUUGCUACAGAUUGAGCUGAAAUCUAAGAAAACCUGCUUUUGGCGCCAUCAGAAAGGAAAACCAGAAACUUACCUCUCUACCAUUGAAGCAAUUUAUUAUUUUCUAGUGGACUAUCACAAGGAGGUCUUAAAAGAAAAAUAUGAUGGACAAUACGACAAUUUGCUUUUUUUCUUCUCAUUUAUGUACAGGCUGAUCAGGAAAGCCAAGGAUUCUGCAGGAAAAAAGUGAAGUAUCCCUCAUGCAAAUGUCCCAAAAGAAAUGUGAUUCCUUAUCCUUUAAAACCAGUCCUUUAAAAUUAACUAGGAUUUGAAUGACUGAAACUGACUUACAAGAUAGAAUGCUUAUAGUUAUUGUCUUUUAAAUUUGAACUCAAUCCAAGCUUAACAGAUACAAAGCUUUAAACUUAAGGGGAAGAUUGUCGGAAACAAACCUGGACUUGGGGCAUUUAAAUAGAAAUAUUUUUUUCUUAUUUAUCGAAUAACAAAAUUACUAGCUUCUCCCAAACCGGUAGUUAAAAAAUGCUAAAAGAGUUCUGACGAUCGCGCAGCACAGCUGAUCAUCACUAGCUGAUUGUGGGAACUUUUUUCUUAAACUUUUUUUUAGCAUUUUUGAACCGGUAGUUAAAAAAUGCUUUAAAAAGUUUUUUAAAAGUUCUGAUGAGCGAUCGUCAGAACUUUUAAAAAAAACUUUUUAAAACUUUUUUUUUACUUUGCGGUUCAGAUGAACCAAUAGCAGUUUUAUUACCGGUUCCGGCGAACCGGUCCAAACUGGUAGCAUUUCACCUCUGGUAUAAACCUAGCUGCAAUCGAACAUGAAUAGAAGCCACAAUAAAGAACACUAGAGGAUGGAUCGUGCAUCUUAAAUCUUACAUGUUCUAUAAAGCUGCAUAUGUAAUGAUUCAAAUGAUAAAUACCUUUUGAAGUAAUCUGUUUAAUAAAAAAAACCUAAUGCUUUUAUUGUC